AUGGCAAGUUUAGAACGACUAGCUGAGGUUCUAUGGAGAGAAGUUCAAAUCCUAUCAUAUGAACCGCUUCGCGAUGCUUCGACAAUUGUAAAUGCCCUGGGAUAUAGUUGGGGUCCGAAUGAAGACCUGCCCUGCAUUGUGAUUGAGCACGCCAGUUACGGAACAUUGGAUAAAUUCUUGCACGCCAGAGGCAGCUUCAUUGAUGGAGGUUGGGAUCUAUGCAGAUCGCUCUGCUUGGACGUCGCUGUAGCCUUGGGGGUUCUCCAUUCUAAUGGAAUCAUCCACGGGGAUGUCAAGGUGGAGAAUGUCCUUGUAUAUUCCCACGAAGCCAAGUACGCUACUGCAAAACUGUCAGAUUUUGGGCACUCUAUAUUCUCUUCAGCUGCUGGAGAGCCUAUAUCUUACCUUGGAACACCAAUGUACAACCCCCCCGAAGUGUUACGUCUGGAAAGUUAUACCACGUCUACCGGACUGACUACUAUGGAGCAGCUUUCCAAAUGUGACGUCUGGGCUUUCGGGUUGAUGGUUUGGUGCACAAUCAACGCUGGCAAAGGCUACUUUCAGGACCAAUGGCUGUCUCAAGGUCGAAAAUUUACAGACAAACUAGAUUUUCUGAUCAACCAUCAGUCUGAUUAUCUACAACUUGCCUCUUCCGAGUUCCUGCGGGAUUCUGAGGUAUUCUCUAGCGCACCGGGCUCUAUAAAACUCUUGUUCAACAGUUUGUUGUGGAACUGUCUGUAUGGCCAAAACGAGCAGAGAUGCACUAUGCGAGAGGCAAGCAUUUUGCUAGAUACAGGAAGGUAGUUUUUCUAAUCUUUCCUGGUCUGGAAAACAAUUGCUAAGACUAUCAAAGAGAUUGGCAACAUUUCGAAUCCAAUGCUUUUAGACAAGAGUCUACUGACUUGCAGAAGGCCUCUUUUGGGGUCUUCCAGGUGCUUGAUGUAAGUAUCUGGUAAUUGGCUUCUUAUAUUGGUUUCUUAGUUUAGAUAGUGCAUCGACUCCGAUAUUCCGUGGCAUUUUCGACAAGCUCUAGUUAAGGAUUUACUGAAACUAGAAGAUAUACGACAAGCUCAUUCAAGCAAUUCCAAUGAUUCCCCUACGUCCUGCUACAUCACUGGCCAUGAGCUCAUCGGUUAUCAUAAAGAGCCAAUCGAAAAUAUUAAUCAAACUGGAGUGUUGGCCACCUGUUAUGCAACCAGCUUUGGGGUUGCUUUCAGUCUCGAAAAUAUGUUCAAAAAUUUGCAAAAGGAUGGAAUGACUUCUGGCCACACCGGCGUUUUCAUUGAACGAAUAAAACAGGCCCAUUCCAUGUCCUUGGAUGGAGAUGUUCAAAAGGAUAUAGAGGGUGACUGGCAGGACGAUGCGUGGUUUUCAAAGUCAAUACAUUCAUUUCAAACUGCCAUGUACAAAGAGCAUCGCUUGAAAAUGGACAGAGCCCGGUUCCAAAGUCUGGACUUUGAACUCCACAACCGUUCAAGUUACGAUGCCUUGUUAAAUACUGCUGGAAAGUUUCCAGACAGUAACUUGGAGAUAUAUUGCCGAGACGGGCUGCAAUACUUACGGCCAUUUCUUCAUUUCGCAGUCGGCAUGGAUGACGAAAAACUGGCUCAAAAACUGAUACAGCAUGGGGCUAAUGUAGACCAGCAAGAUUCAGAAGAACGAACUGCCCUUUUUGAGGCAUGUGCGGUGGGAAAUGUUGGAAUAGCACUAUUACUACUAGCAGCUGCUGCUGACCCUUCUCUUCGGGAUUUUACCGGAAUUGCCCGCUUCAUUUAAAUGUUUUCUUUUGCCAGAAUGAGAUCGAAAAAGUCGGCAUUGCUCUAGUGAUGGCCGGUGCUGACCUGGAGGUAAGCAUACACCAAGGGAAAGCGUGGAAUCUUGGAUGGCAUGGGAUAUCGAUUUCAGGAACUCCGCUCCAUGUGGCCGUUUCAUGCAGAAAUGCUGAGGCUAUCCGGGUUUUGCUACAGCAGGGUGCGAAUGUCAAUCACCGAGUAACUUUCAGGUCACCGCUGGACACUGCCACUGCUUACCAUCUUCCUGAUAUCUGCGAACUCUUGAUCAAGAAAGGUGCCAAAGUCGAGAGAUAUUGGGUUACUGGGAGGUCACCUCUGCAUAGCUUUGGAGAUUCUUCACUUAGUCCAUCAUACGCAAGGGUUGGUUUCACGACUUUCGAAGAUCAUUACUUGGUUCAUAAACUGAUCAAAAUGUAACCUGUUUGCAUGGAUCGAAUUUUUCCGAAGCUGCCACCAAAACUAUCCAGCUACUCCUUCGACAUGGCUCAAACAUUCAAUCUCCAAACAUAUAUGGAGAUACCGCACUUUUGAUUGCUGUAAAAGACCGUGCCGAUGAUGUCCAUGCUAUGAAAGUCAUCUUAAAGCAGUAUGACAUUUUAUGUCUCCCCAUUGAUAAAUCAUUAAUCUUUCCAGCUAUUGAGGCAAGCAGUUUUAAUAACAGUUGCUCUAAGAUAUCGGAGCUGCUCGCACAUGGCUUCGAACAAACUCUGCAAAAUUCGGAUGGUAAUAUGAUUUUGCAUCACUGUGUCGUCAAAGGUGCCGCUGCAGCUCUCCGUAUGCUGGCCACUGAUUCUACUCUCGACCUUGAAGUCCGGAAUCGAGAAGGCUACACUCCAUUGCAUCUCGCCUGUGUGAUGGAUUCUAUUGGCUGUCUAGCUAUCUUAUGUGAGAAUGGGGCUUCCGUGAACUCGCAGGUAGACGGUUCAAAGGAUUUGGCUCUCUCUUUAGCACUUUCGAGUGGGAGUAUAGAGGCGUUUUAUAUUGUGAGAUCUCCGCAUUCCUCUUAGGCAUGAGAAGCUAAGAAGAUUGACCUAGUUGCUUCAGAAUAAUGCUGAUCCAUGGCUAGGAACUCAAGCAUCUCGCGGCCCUACGAUUCUACAUCGAAUAUGUUCGAGAAAGCUGAAUUCCCAAGCCCAGGCAAUGAACCCAUUUUUCCUAGGAAGUCAGAAUUUCAUAAAGCUUCACGUCCCUCCGACUUCUCUUCUAUCAGAAAUCAUGUCCCAUGGCUCCUCAGAGGUAUUCUUGUCUGUCGGAAUGCGAGACUCGGGAUUGUUGAAUGCUAGAAACCAUCGAGGUUGUACAGGCCUCCACGUUGCUGUGGAAAGUGCCGAUCUAGCAGCUGUGGAGAUUCUUUUACACGAAGGAGCCGAUAAGAACCUGAGUGAUGAUUUUGGAUUGAAGCCUCUGGAUUAUGUGGACUUGACGAUGUCAUCGUAUAAAAGGUGGAGAGGGGGGUACUCGGCUAAGUUCGACGACAUUUUCAUAGAGAUUCGUCUUCUUCUGCAGGAUUCUGGAAGCCCUAAAGAAGUUUUACAAAGUUCUUGA